AGGGAUAUGGAGUAGGAUUGAUAGUACAACUUCAGUCUACUGAGAGGCAUAGAAUAGUAUUGAUAGUUCAUGAAAGUUAUGUGGUAGGAUUGAUAGUACACCUUCAGUCAACUGAGAGGUAUGGAGUUGGAUUGAUAGUACAACUUCAGUCAACUGAGAGGUAUGGAGUUGGAUUGAUAGUACACCUUCAGUCAAGUGAGAGGUAUGGAGUUGGAUUGAUAGUACAGCUUCAGUCAACUGAGAGGUAUGGAGUUGGAUUGAUAGUACAACUUCAGUCAAAUGAAAGCUGGGAAUCAUCACGUAUUCAUCUAGGGUAUACCAUGCUUCGUAUACCGUUCAGGAUACCACGCAUAUGGACUGUUGUCGGUUUGCCGAUUCUUGCCAUAAGUUUCAUAUUCCGGAUGGUUUGGAGGAAAGCGCCGAGUGCAGAAUGUAGUGAUUUGCAGAUGGAGGUUGACAGUUUGACGAAGGAGGUUGACAGUUUAAGGAAGCAGAUCGAUAUUCUUAGACAGGAUAAUGAUAUGUUACGAAACAAGAACAAUGAAUUGUACAAGCAAGGUGCUCAGAUGAUGGAAGAGAGUGGGUCACUUGAAAAUACAAACGACGAAUUCUCGAACACCCGGCUUGCGGAACGCUUUGAUGGAGCUCUGAAGAAAAGAUGGAUUGAUUUAUGUGAAGCACUUGGGGACGCUUUCACCGAAAUUCAGUAUCUAACAAAUCUUUCUCACGUUAUGCAGUCGGUUUUCAAAGAAUGUUCCCUGACUGUUGAGGAAACUGAGAAACCUAUGUUACAGAUAGCCAAAUAUGCCAACGGAGACCAUGAUAAGGUGCGACACGCCCUACGAGUUGUUCGAAGGCCAAUUGGUCAGAAACAGAGUACACGAGAGUGCGUUGUAAGGGAUAUAGUCUCUAAAGUGAAACCAGACGAUUUGUUUACCAGUCAUAAUGUGCCUGGUGCCACAGUCAGAAACAUUCAACUAUUUCUUAAUGAUUUGGCGGAAGUUUGCUGGCUGAUGUGUAUUGCUAACCCACCUUUAAAACUUAACUUUGAUGUAAAAGGCACUGAUUACAACUGUGUCAGCCAUCGAUUUAUGGAAUUCGCAACUAUUGGGAACAACACAUAUUCUGAUGGCGAACCCGGCGCAGUAUAUCUUGUUGCUUGGCCUUCUGUGGAACGUGAGGACAACAGUGGGUUUUUGAAGAAAGGCGAAGUAAUUGUGUGUCGAUAAAUCGGAAAAAAGCAAAAUAUUGUUUUGAAUGAUUGAAACAGUUUAUAUGUGUUCUUUUAGAGAAGCACCUAUUUUGGAACAAGAGUUAAACAUAUAAGCUUUUCAUUAAUAUAUAUAUA